AUGGACAAGUCGCACGUGACGGAGCUCAUUCAGCGCUGGCGCGUGCUGAAGGGGAACUUAACGGAGAAGUCAAGCGAGCUAGAGACCGUACGAAAGUCCCUACAGGAGCUCGAAGGCGAACACGCCAAGAUGAUGCAGCAGUGGGACCUCGAGAAGGAAACGAUCCGCAACACGAGCAGUGCUAUUGAAGCGCAGGUGGCUAGCAAAAAGGAUGAGCUGCAGCGCAUCAAGCAAGAGACCCAGGAGUUGCACCGCAAAGUCGAGGAGCGUCGCCGGCGCAACGAGGAGCAUCAGCUCGUACUGAGCAAGCGCAAGCACAUCGUGGAUGCUCGCGUAAAGGAGGCUGCAGAAAAGGAUGCGGCAGCUCGGGAGCGCCUGACCACGUUUCAGCGCUCUCGUGACGAGGCCCGUGAGCGACUGCUGACCACCGUCAAGAAGCACGAGGCGGUCAUUCCGCAAGAUCAGGCGGCUCACGAGGACAAAGUGCUGCAGCUCAAGAGCCGUAUCGCAGAAACGUUGGCCGCCAUCGAAGCGGAGGCCAAGUCGUGGGCACUUGAGCAGGCAAUGAAAGAGUGGAACGAGAGGUCAAACGCGCGUAAGCACAUUCUAGACGAGGUAGCAGCAGCAGAGGAAGGAAAAGACGCCUGGGCAGAUCUGCUACACGAGGCAAACAGCAUUCACAUUCAAGACAACUUGAAGACACUCGCUGAGCUGCGCGCUAUGGUCUCUGCCUAA